AUGGAACAGUACACAUCAUACAUAGGAUGUGAGAUUUCUAAAGUGCCUUUAUCUGAUAUCGCUCAGAGGAUUAUGACAGCUUUGCGGUCUAUUCCUGUAGAAGUUCAGACUAGCAGAAAAAAUAACCAGAGUAUAGAGAAGACAAAGGAGAAUAAAGUAGGUGAUAAGGAUGCAUGUCUGAGAAAUGAAAAGGAGAUUAGUGAUUCCACAGUUGCCUUAUUAAAAACAUCUGCCAGCCCUGAAAACAGUACUGUUGGUCAGAUAGUCAGGACAGUACACACCGAUGAAAUGCUUUGCUGUCAAGAUACUGAAAUAGUGAGCUAUUACCAAGAUUUAGACUUGCUAACAUGGGGAUGCAGAGAAAGAAAUCUUCCAGUAGAAGCAAAAAACCUGAAGAGUGGUGAAAAGAAUAUAUCUACUCCCCUUAAAAGAAAGCAAGAUGUGCCUACAUGUUGUUCAGAGAAAACAAGAAGAUUACCUGUAAAGAGCUACACUUCUUCACAUGAAAGAAGAUACGACUGUUCUGGACAAACAGAGUCUUCUGAGAAUUAUCCUUGUGAUAUCAGGAGUUUGGGAUGUGAAGGAAAAAGAGAAUUGCUUGCAACUAUAGAGCAGGCAGUGGCUUUUGUAACUACUAUGUUAUUUCAAGACGGUUCUUCACAGCUCAACUCAGAGCAGGCCUUAACCUCAUCAGUGAAAGGAGUUGUUGUGUUAGUGAAGAAUCAGACUGAUCACCAUUGCCCUCCCAGUUACUCCUCAACUGACUACACUUGGAAUGCUGCUAAUGAAAAUGAUAAAUUAAUUUAUUUAAGAACUGAAUGCUCAUCUCUUUGGGAAGAAGAACAACAGGCUCACAAGAAAUUUGCUUGGCAAGUGUUGUUUCAAAUGCUACAUUGCAAAGUUCCAAUUAUUUGCUUCAAUGCAAAAGAUUUCCUGAGGACUCUGCUUCAAGUUUAUGGUGAUGAAAUUAGCUGGAAAGAAGUUGCUGAUAGUGUCGUGUUAGAUCCAAGGAUUGCAGCGUGGCUGAUAAACCCCAGCGACACAGUUCCCUCUUUUGAGUGUUUAAUACAGAAGUAUUUUGAAAAACAUUUUUCUAUGGGAACAGUAAAUACAGAUGCAGGCACUCUGAGAAAUGCAUCAUAUCAAAACUUACGUGUGAGCUUGGAGAAGCUUUAUAAUGUAACUAUGGACCUUGCUCAUGACUUACAGGUUCAAGGUUUGUGGAAAUUAUUUUGCACAUUAGAGCUUCCGCUUAUCAAAAUUCUGGCAGUGAUGGAAACACACAAAAUACAUGUGAACAAACAAGAACUGAAAAAAACAUCAGAGAUUCUGGGGUUGCGACUCAAAGAGCUUGAACAGGAAGCUCAUCAAGUUGCUGGAGAACAAUUCCUUUUGACCAGCAGUAGUCAACUCAGAGAGAUACUAUUUGAAAAGUUAAAACUGCAUGCACUGUGUGAGAAAGUUCACAGAACUGAAAUACAACAACUUGUGUCCACCUCAGAAGUUGUG